CAAAUUCCUAAAAAGAAAAAACAAACAAUCUCUAACCCUAAUUUCUCUGUGAAUUCCUCCAUGGCCACCGUUGAAGAGCAAGUUGUCCCGAUCGUGCCUGCGGCGGAGCUGCUCGCCGCCGAGGAUCCGGCGACCAAGGAAGCACCGGCGCCGGAGGCAAAGGCUAAGAAACUUCCUGCUCAGAAGAAGCGCACCGCUCCCACCCACCCUCCGUACUUCGAGAUGAUUAAGGAUGCGAUCGUGACGCUGAAGGACCGAACGGGUUCCAGCCAGCCCGCCAUCGCGAAGUUCAUUGAGGAGAAACAGAGGAACCUUCCGGCCAAUUUCAGGAAGGUCCUGCUCCUCCAGCUGAAGAAGCUCGUGGCCAACGAUAAGCUCGUGAAGGUGAAGAACUCCUUCAAGCUUCCGGCCGCUCGCCCGGCCAAGCCAUCCUCGCCGGUGAAGAAGAAGAAGCCCGUUUCUAGUUCCGCCCUGAAACCGAAUGCUAAAGCUGCCGGCGCGAAGGAGAAGAAGGCAGCUGUUUCCAAGCCCAAACCGAAAGCCAAAACCGCCGCCGCAAAACCCAAGGCUAAGCCGGCUGCAAAGGCCAAGGCCGUGACGAAGAGAAAGGCGCCGGAGAGCAAGAAGGCUGAGAAGAAGCAGCCGUCCAAGGUGGCAAAGACCUCAACUAAGUCAACUCCGAGUAAGAAGGCCGCGGCAGCGACCCCCAAGAAGAAGGCUCCGGCGAAGGCUGUGAAGCCGAAGUCCAUCAAGUCGCCUGGGGCGAAGAAGGCUGCCACGAAGAGGGGGAAGAAGUGAAGAAGAGCUAGUUAUGGAAAAAGCGAUAGUUUGCUUUUGGGAUAGUGUUGUGAAUAAGCGUGUAGUGUAGAGUCGUGUUUUCUAGUUUUUUCCGUUUUUAGUUUUCGUUUUUUAGCUAUGUAGCGUCUGUAUGCUAAUAUCCCCCCUUCAGUGAAUGAAUAGUUUUUCUAAUUUUCAGAUGAAAUUUUCUAAAUUACAUGUGUUUAAUAUUGUGUCCAUG